AUGUUAUAUAACUCUACAGAAUCCACCGACAGAGUUCUGACGGGCACAAAGCGUAUAAGGAGUAGAGGCUGUCGUAAAAUCAGCGCUGUUGAAGUGAACACAGAAUGCAACUACAAGCCAGUGGCACAAAAGAAAAUGAACUUAGAGCUUAAAAAGCCUUGCCAUCAACUAACGAAAGUCAAGCCCGCAGGCUCUCGUCAGAGCAAGCAACGGGUCUCGGCCCCAUCAGGUCAACGUGGGACAAGUUCUCAUGGAAUCACCCGUGGAAAAAGCCCUGGCUUACAAAGAUAUGUCAAGAAAACCCACUUUUGCGACGCCAACCAGGAACUCUUUUACAUCUGGAAGUAG